UACCAAGACGUUUGAGUGACGUGCGCGGCAGCCAAUCAGAGACGAGCCGUCGCUUGCGGGGCACCGGCAGUGACUAAUCAUGUUUUGUGUUGCAGGCAAGUGUCGGUCUCGAAUAAUUAAUUCACUCAGGCUGCCGCUCCAGUUCCAGCGCAGAAUGAAGACCUUAGUAGUGUUCGACUUCGAUUACACUAUAGUGGAUGACAACAGCGACACAUGGGUGAUCCGCUCCACUCCCGAGCAGACGUUACCGGACUGGCUGAAGAAGUCAUACGAGAGAGGCCGCUGGACCGAGUACAUGGCUCGAGUCUUGACCUACAUCGGAGACCAGUCCGUCCAGCCGGGGCACAUGCGCGCGGUCAUGGAGAGCAUCCCGUUCACCGACGGCAUGAUCGAGCUCCUGACCUUCAUAUCCGAGAACAAGAAAGACAUCGACUGCAUCAUCAUCUCCGAUUCCAACAGUGUCUUCAUAGACUGGGUUUUGCAUGCAUCUGGGCUGAAGUCUGCCAUAGAUGACGUCUUCACCAACCCUGCCAGCAUCGAUGCGCGCGGCUACGUGAACGUGCGCUGCUUUCACGCGCACGACUGUCAGCAAUGUCCCGUAAACCUGUGCAAGAGGAGGGUGCUGCAUGACUUCAGAGAGAAGCAGGCCCAGGCUGAUGUGCAUUAUGAGAGGAUUUGCUAUAUAGGAGAUGGAGGAAAUGACUUUUGCCCCGUUCGAGAGUUGAAAGAAGGAGAUAUUGCAAUGCCUAGGAAAGGAUUCACCCUUGAGAAACUGUUGUGCAAAGCCAUUUCGGAGGAUUCAGAAGCACUGCAUGCAAAAAUCAUGCCUUGGGCUAGUGGCAAUGAAAUCCUCAGGGAAUUAACAGCUCUGAUUGAGUGAUAUAGUAUUAUAUGCAAUAUUGUGACAACUGAACUAAUAGAAUAUCACAUGUUUAUUCUGCACUAAAUGCAUCGUGUGCAUGAAUGGGCAUCUUAUGAUAGCUCAUUUCCCCCUUAAUCUACUUGAUCAACUAAUUUGGGCGUGGUGUAAUAUCUGUCAGAAACAAGUUUAUGUUUUGUUUUCAUUGCACAUUUUAAAAUGUCAUGUUUUGAACAGUUUUACAUAUAAUUGUUAGACAGCUGACACUGAUUUUAAUCUUUUUGAGGUUUUAAAUAAUAAUAUAAGCUCACUGUUUGAGGUGCUUGUUAUUUAAUCCACUGAGGUUUGCUGCAGAACAUUAAAAUGAUCAAAUGUAAAUGUUUUAA